CUACCAGCAGUGGGUGGUUAAUGUGUGGGCUGCUCAAGCCAGGGGGUUACUUGCAGGCCUCUUUGUCUCUUUCUCCCCAGAAAAUGACUGGCCUUCAGGUCAACCUCAGCCCGCUGCUGGAGCCACUUGGCUUCAUGAAGGUCCUUGAGUGGAUUUUUUCCAUCUUUGUUUUUGCCACCUGUGGAGGUUAUAAAGGUACAACUACAAUUUUAGUUUCUUGUAAAGGUGUUGUGAACAAAACAGUUACAGCUGCUUUUGCUUAUCCAUUCAGGUUGAAUACAGCUGUGUUUAGUGCACCAGAUCCAACACGAUGCGGUGGCACUUGGACUGACUUUCACCUUGUGGGCAACUUCUCCUCUUCUGCACAGUUCUUUGUAACUUUUGCAGUCCUGGUAUUCCUUUACUGUAUUGCUGCCCUUGUACUAUAUGUUGGGUACAUGCACCUGUAUCAGAACACUGGCAAAAUCCCAUUGAUUGACUUGGUUAUUACUGUCAUGGCUGCUUUUCUGUGGCUGGUCAGCACUUCAGCCUGGGCUAAGGCACUUACUGAUAUAAAAAUAUCUACCGGUCCCAGCAUUGUUCAGGAGAUUGCAUCUUGCAAAUUACCAGGAUCAACUUGUUUGUUUGCCUCUGUUACCAGCAUGGGAACUCUGAAUGUGUCCGUGGCUUUUGGAUUACUUAACAUGAUUCUGUGGGGAGGAAAUGCUUGGUUUGUAUACAAGGAGACCAGCUUGCAUAACCCAUCAAACUCAACUUCCCAAAGCUCAGGAAUCUAUCCACCUACAACAGGAAUAUAAUUAGUAAGAUGAUGAUGUUGAUACUUCAUAAAGAGCAUCUAUUUUGCAUCCGACGGCCAACAACUUGAAGUCACUGCAGUUUUUUUGUAGUAAUGAAUAGUUUAAACAAAUUAGUGGGUAAACUUCUGCUUUGUACUUAAAGCAUGUCUCACAGAAAUAUGGAUGUAAAUUUUCAAGUGUUUUACAGUGAAAUAUAUUAUGACUCUAAAAUGAGUGCAGUUUCUUCAUUAAAAAUAACAAAUUGUUCAGACCCUCCUAAAUCUCUUGGCAAAUACUUCCUCACACCCACACCUUUUCAGGAAGUGGUUCUAGUUAACAUUUGUGGGAAGAAACUGAUUUGGAUUCUGUAACAUGACUGAUUUCUCAGUUGAAAAGACUACUUAGCUUAGGAUGUUUGGAGUUCCAAUAUUAAAUCCCUCAUUCAGAGGUUACCUACUAAUAACUUUGCACAGAUAAGCUUUCUAAAAAAAUAUUUAGUCAUCUCUGGUAGCAUGAUUCUGGCAUUCUGUAAUUUUCUUGUAUAUUGUUGGUGUUUUUUUGGAGGGGGAAUCUAGUAUAGACACUUUCUAAUGUUGUAUUUGCAGAUAGACACUUAAGACUUGUUUGGUGUUUAUAUGUUCAUUGUUAAUACUUCAUGAUUCGGGACAAUCUUCAAAAACACUUAGUAAAGCUGCAAGUCACACUUCUGUGGCAUAAUUUAAGAACAGAAGAGUUAAGAAAUUUAGGUAGGGUGGGGGUGUUUAAGUGCAUCUCAGCUACAAAGCAUUGUUCUAAGUUUGAGAGAUACUGUAGAUGCUAAAGCUGACUCCAUCAGUAAACUUAUUGUUUUCGAUUCAGGUAAAUGAAUCCAAGCAGAGCAAUGGGAGGUGCAUAGGACUUACCUACCUAGUGACACAACAGCUGGAGAUGUCUGUCUUACUAAUCUAUACAGGUCUUGUUUAAUAGUCAAAUCUUGAUCCCAGUAAAUAGACAGUCUUCCCAUGAGAUAUUUACAUAUUCAGACAUCUGACUUACUGUUACCUCAUUUAUUUCUCCAUGUGAAUUGUCCAACAAAGAUGCGUCUCAUGGUUUCUGCAAACUUUAAUAAAUAUUUAAACAGUUACUGGGGCUAUACGCUCUAAGCAGCAAAUAUUUCUAUAAGCUUGCUUUCUUUCUUUCAAAGCUAGGACAGGUGUAAUGGUACAUACAUCUCUUGAUCUUUCAGUGUCU